AAAAGUGAAAACUGAGCGUACUACAUUUCAUUUCAUUUUUUUUUUGUUGUGGCUAUUAUGGAUUUAUGUCUUAGGGGCUCGCAGAUAAACCUCGCCACACGACAGAAAUCGAAGGCCAAAUACAAUAGUCGCUCGUUGACCACACUCCAUAAUCCUACGCCACAUUUUCGACCACGUUCCGCCAACUUUCUGCAGCAGCGCAGUCGCUCCUCGCCCUUCCUGGGACGACCACAGUCGGCGGAUCCCAAGUUUGGACGCAAACUGAGCGUCUAUUUUGGCGAAAAGGAGCUGCGACAUAGCAAAAACCGCCAAUUAUCCUCGACGGAUCUGUUGAAGUCGCUGCUGGAGGAGCCCAUCAAGCGCAGCUGGCUGUGCCGCAGCGCCUGUAAUUCUUCCACCGACGAUCAGUCGGACUGCUCCCAGAAGUCGCCGCACAGCAGCGAGGGCGAGCAGCUGGAACGUUUUCUGGUUAGUAUGCCGAACGGUGCCGGCGACAAAUCCAAAUCCUAUGCUUCCAGCUCCAACUGGUCCAAUGGUGGCCAGGCGAGCCUGAGUAAUGCGGCGCUGCUGGCGAAGAGCGUUAAGCCGGAUCUGCCGGGCCGCGUGUCCUUCAGCAAGCCGAGCACAAUGCUGGGUCCCGAUGCGGACUCCAGCGAUUGUGACAACGACAAGCAGGAGAUGCGAAACAGCAUCUCGGCACCGGGUCCGCUUACGUUGCCCAGCUUUGGCUAUGGCAAUGGCAACAAAGUAGAUACCAGCGAUACAAGUGCACAAAAGAAAUCCGUUCACUUUGGCUCACCAGCAGCUGGCGGCGUUGAGGUGCUGGCCGAGACGUAUGAGUAUCCCAAGUGUCCGUCGGAGAAUUGCACGUGCAGCACCAGAUCCUCCUCCACGGCCAGCACCAAUGAACCGGCCACAGAUCCCAAAUGUGCCUGUGAUGCGCCCAGUUGUCGUUUUGCCGAGUCCAAAACCAAAUUGGAGCUUCCGUUGCCAACACCCGAACUGAAUGUCAUCAGGGAGUAUAAACAGGCUGUGGACAAAUUGCCCAAGGAACCCUUGAACAACAUAGAACUGCCCAAUUAUCUAGAUAAAUAUGCUGCCCAAGCCAGAGACAAGCAAAAUAAUCUAUCCGAAAAGAAUCUGAGCACAACUCAUAAUAAUAAUAAUGGUUCGGUUCAGAGCAGCACUGGCGCCACCUAUCGCACGGAGGCGCAACGUAACUUUGGGGCGGAAAACAAUUUUCUGCCCGUUGUCCAGGAUGAUCGUCGGAGUUAUGGCAAUAGCAAUAGCUCGGAUGCUGUCAUCAAUAACUAUUUAAAAAUCGCUGCCACGCCCCCCUUUGUGGGCAAAAAGAAGGAGAAUGUUAAGCCGGCGAGUGCUGAGCCAGCCAGCCGUAAUCCAAACAAAUUGAAAUUUCUCUCAAAAACCACAGCUGCAACAACAAUAGCAGCUGGUAAACUGAAGAAGGUGGUGAGCGUUGGCAGCCUGCGGGAGGAGCGCAAAUUGAGUGAAUAUAAUCUGGACAAGGUCGAUAGCUGGAUGAGUAUGCAGGAGCAGAAGCAGGCGCUGGCACAGUUUGAGGAGCUGCACAAACAGGGAUUGGAUGAGCUCGACGAAGGCAAUGAUAGCGCCUCGCAGCUAUCGGACUCGAGGGGUUCCACCUACGAUGAGAUUGUGUCCGUCAUCAAAGAGAUCGAGGAGGACAAGAAGCGAGACAACUUUGCUGAGCGUUUGCCCAGCGAGCUGAAUCUAAAACUGGAUUCACGUUGCGAGACAGCGGAAACAACCAGCCAAAAUGGCGAUAGGGCAACAGAAAGUGGGGAUAAGUACAAAGACAUAUUAGCUUAUUUGAAUAAUGUGGAGAGCAGCUGUGACAAAACGCUGAUGGAGACACGACGCUCCAUGCCGGACAGCAAUCGCUCCGAGGUGGAGUUUGUCGUCGAGCCGGAUAUCACCGAUGAGGUGCCCAAACUCUCGGAGCUGCUGAUGCUGCCCAAUCAUCAGUUGGCGCGUCGCGUCAUUGCUCUCAGUCUCCGUGCGAAUGAGCUGGCGAAUGCCAUACAUCUCUCCAAGGAGCAUGUUGUCCAGCUGCGCAGCGAGAAACAGAAAUCGCUGCGCGCCGAGAAAUCGAAUAGUUCGAGCAAAAUGCGGGAUCAAAAGAAACACUACGAGGAGGUGGUCACCCGGCAUCAGGGCUUCAUUGAGCAGCUGCUCAAGGAUAAGGGUUCGCUGUGUGAGAAGGUAGCAGCGCUUACGCGACGCCUGGAGAGCCAGAAUCAGGCGUGGGAGCAUCGCUUGGAGACGGAACUGACGCGCACCAAGGAGACGACAAUGGCGGGCGAGAAAAUCAGACGGGAGCGCUGGGUGCGCGAGAAUACCAAGAAAAUUAAGGAGCUGACCGUUAAGGGUCUGGAGGCGGAGAUCAAUAAGAUGAACUGCGAUCAUCAGCGUGAGGUGACGGAACUGAAGCGUUCGCAUCAGAUGCAACUGCUGGACGUGCUAGAGGAGGCGCGCGUGAAGCACGAGCAGAUUGAGAACGGCAUACGCGAGAGUUGUGCCCAGGAUCGUGAGACGAUCAUUGAGAAGGAGCGCACAGCGAUCCGAGAGCGACUCGAACGUCAGCUGGAGGAGGAACAGAAAACGCAGGCGGAACUGCGACAGAAACUGGCCGAUGAUUUUGCCACGGAACGCGAGCGUCUCCAGUCGGAGCUGCGGCAAAAGGAGAGCGAUCAUCUGGCCAAGCGACAGGAGGCGCAGCGGGAACAGGACAGCGAACUGGAGCAGGCCAAAUUCGAGAUGCAGGAGAAAAUGGCCAAGCAGGAGGAGAAGUAUCAGAAUCGCAUCAACACAGUCGAACAGCAAUAUCUAGCCGAUUUCGAGCUGUGGAAAUCGGAGUACGAGAACAAGAUGAAGCUCAACCAGGCGGAGAAGGAGAAUGCCAUCAGGCAACACUAUCGCAUGGAACGCGAUCGCCAGCUGGAUGAGCUCGUCGUCCGCAUGGAGGCGGAUGCCCUGCAAAGCAACGAGGAACACGAACAAAAAAUGAUGCGCCUCAAGGAGAAGUACGAAAAGGAUUUAACUGUGGCGGAGAAUGUGGAAAAAACGCUGCGGGAAAAGUAUGCAGAGAUUCGCGGCAAGUUGGCCGAGGCGGAUGCCCAAGUGCGCAAUGGCCAGGCGGAGGUGCAACAGCUCCAGCUGGAGCUCAAUCACAGCAAGAAGAUGUGCGGCGAUUUCAUCAACGAGCGCGAUAAACUACGCGACAAUCUCAAUGCAGACAUACAAAAUGAGUUGGGUUUGCUCAACGAGCGACACAAACAGGAAAUGGAUCAGCUACAAAAACGGGUACAUCACACUAUCCAUCGGCAGGAGGAGACCAUUGAGGUGCUAAAGACUGACAAUGAUCAGCUGCGGCAACAGUGCCUCAAAUUGAAUGCAGUCAUUCGACAACAGCGCAAAGACUAUUGUGUUAAGUAGUUAGGCUGACUAUUUAAGCAAUAUAUAUAUAU